AUGACUAAUUCUUCUACAGCUUCUACAGCUUCAAGGGUGAAGCUCAUAGCUCCAUUAGAAAUAAUGCAUGAAAACAGUGGUACGUUUGAUGAAACUAUAUCAUUUAAUCUAGCAAGGAUGUCCAUAAAAGGAGCUAAGCAAGUAUUGGUGGUGGAUUCACACAAGGUGGGGAUAUCUUAUGUAGCAUCUGAUAUAGGAAGGCCAACGAGAAUUGUUUCGAAUCUAAAGGAUUUGAGGCCUUUGAGUGAGUCAGGACCUUUAGAUUUGAGGAGGUGUCUAUGGUUGAACUCUGUGUUAACAAUAGUGACGUGA